AUGGUCGCCAACGAUGAUCCCAGACGGGACGUUGCAUCCAGCCCGUCUGACCCCAAUCCCAUUCCCAAUCCCAAUCCCAACGCGAGCGACGAUAGCAUUCCGAACCGCUCCUCGACAGCCUCCUCCCUCGGCCGCUCCGCCGUCGAGUUUGCCGAGCAGUCCCAGAAGCUCUCCUACCAGCCCCCCGGCGAAGGCAACACCAGCGACAUCGCCCUCGAGGCCCGCUUCGUCACGCCCCAUGACCCCGUCAUCGUCACCGCCGAGGGCCACCGCCUGCCGGGUGUGCCCCUGACCGAGGCGCACAAGCUGAACAUUCUCAAGGAGGAGCUGCAGACGGAGAGCGAGAACAAUGUCAGCAGCGGCAGCGCCGGCGCCGGCGGACAAGGCCAUAAGGUCAAUGACGGCGCGGCGGCGUCUCCUCUGUCGGCUGGAGAGCCGAGUGGCAGCGAGCAGCCGCACCAGCAAAAGCAACCCUCGACCGUCCCCGUGCCCACGAUGCAAAACGGCAAGUCGGUGCAAAAGUCGGCCGAGGGCUCCCUGCGCCGCGCCAUGCCCCCCUCCCACACGAACCCGCUCUUCCCGCCCCUGCCGCUCUACGGCCCGCCCUCCCUCAUGCGCGACUUGCAGUGCCUCACCUUCCGCGUCGCCUCCUUCUUCCUGAGCCUCGCCUUCCUCGGUGUCAUCGUCCUGGGCGCCCUCUUCACCAGCGUCGGCCCUUUCCUCUCGCGCAUCUGGCUCACCUGCACCUUCCGCAACCCGGACGCGUCCCGGCCCUUCUACGACGAGGAGGUCCGCCGCAAGAACCUGCGCCGCGAGCUCGACCGCGCCUGGACCAAGCGCCGCAAGUCGCAGGAGAAUGUCCGCCGCGGUGGUGGCGGCGGCGGCGGCGGUCGCGAGCAGGAGAAGGACAACGAGGACCCGCCGCCCGCCGACAGCGACGGCUUCGUGCCGACCGAGGGCGGGCCGGACGCCAUUGUGUGCGACCCGGCCUACUACGCGCGCCGCGUCGGGCUCGACGUCGAGGAGUUCCAGGUCCAGACCGAGGACGGGUUCAUCAUCGACCUGUGGCACGUCUACGACCCCAGGGAGUACGAGGAGCUGCCCCCCUCCGAGCGGGCCCACCGCGGGCCCGACAUCUUCCGCGACGACGCGCCCGACACUCCCUUUCCCGAGAGCCGGCGCCGGCGCAGGAGGAAACAGCCAGGCGGCCAGGGACAGCAGCAGCAGGAGCAGAAGCCCAAGUUCCCCGUCCUGCUCAUGCACGGCCUGCUGCAGUCCGCGGGGGCCUACUGCGUCAACGACGACGACUCGCUGGCCUUCUACCUCUGCAAGGCCGGCUACGACGUCUGGCUCGGCAACAACCGCUGCGGCUUCUCCCCGCGGCACGUCCUGCUGUGCUACACGGACCCGCGCAUGUGGUGCUGGAACAUCCGCCAGAUGGGCGUCUUCGACCUGCCCGCCCUGGUGUCGCGCGUGCUGCGCGAGACGGGCUUCCCCAAGGUCGGCCUCGUCGCCCACUCGCAGGGCACGACGCAGACCUUUGUCGCCCUGGCCAAGGAGCAGCGCCCGGACCUCGGCGACAAGCUGACCGUCUUCUGCGCCCUGGCGCCCGCCGCCUACGCGGGGCCCCUGAUCGGCAAGAUGUACUUCAAGUUCAUGCGCGUCAUCACGCCGGCCAUGUUCCGCCUCAUGUUCGGCAUCCACGCGUUCAUCCCCUUCAUGAUGACCAUGCACCGCCUCCUGCCGCCGCGGGUCUACGGCUGGUUGGGCUACAAGGUCUUCUCCUUCCUGUUCAACUGGUCCGACGCGCGCUGGGACCGCGGCCUGCGCGACCGCAUGUUCCAGUUCGCGCCCGUGUACGUGAGCGCCGAGUCGAUGCGCUGGUGGCUCGGCCGCGAGUGCUUCGCCAAGCACAAGUGCAUCCUGGCGACCAAGGAGGAGUGGCGCGCCGAGGAGCGCGAGGACAACGAGGAGGAGCUGCACGGCGGCGACACCGAAAAGAAGAAGAAGAAGAAGAAGGACAGACUGCCGCUGCGCCUGCCGCGCCUCCGCGCCGACCUGGACCCGGACCCGGACCCGGGCUCCACCGACCGCGCGGCCGUCGCGCGCCACGCCCGCAAGCCCCGCGGCAGCACGGCCUGGUACGACGCGCGCGCGCCGCCCUUCGCGCUCUGGGUCUGCGGCAGCGACGACCUCGUCGACGGCGAGCGCCUGCUGCGGCGCUUCGACCCCGCGCGGGGCCGCGAGCCGCACGUGCGCCUCGUGCACAGCCGCGUCCUCCCCGAGUUCGAGCACCUCGACGUCAUAUGGGCCGUCGACGCCGUCGACCGCGUCUUCGUCGAGGUCAAGGAGGUGCUGUGGCGGACGGCCGGCGGCGAGGCGAGGCGCGGGUGCCGCGUGCCGAAGGGGUGCGAGGGCGUGGAGGAGUGGGUUCCUCCUGAGGAGCAGGCGGGCAAGGCACGAGAGGGUGGUGAGGGCGAGGACGACGAAGGGCAGAGUGAGAGCCAGAGCCAGAGCGAGAGCGAGGGGAGCGAUCGCGUGCUUGCUGAGGAGGCGAGGCGGAGGAGCCACGAGAGUGUCCGGGACAAGGCCGGGACGCAUGGGCAUGGGAGCGUAAGGGGUGCGUCCUAG